GUGGUUACUCUUUGUUUGGAGGGCGGGCGCUGUUUUCCAACAGAGCUGGAGGAUUCAGCCGCUGCUGGGAUGAUGGAAAGCAAUGAUGAUGAUGAUAUAAAGCUCAGAGAAGAAAUAGAGGCUGAAUUGGAUAAAAUCAGCAUUUCUUCCUUGGAAAAAUAUGAUUUUGAUAGUGAUUCAAAAUCAGAAACCCAGAGUGAUAAUAGUGAUACAGAUUCAGAUGAGCUUCCUGAGUCGGUUCUUCACUGUAUUAACAUCAUAAAGAAUAAGAGUAAAACUGCUGAAGAGCUCAUUCUUCAGGACUUGGAGGAUACUGAUGUUUUAAAAAGGAGUGUGACGUAUUUUGAGGCAGUCAUUCUGGGAGCUGUGCAGUGA